AGUCAAAUAUGAUAAUGGAGGGAGGGAGUAAUUUUACAUCCACACCCUUGAAAUACUCCGCCGCAACCCGCCACCCGCCCACCAUCCAUCCAUGGGCAAACGUCACAUCGGCCCCCGAACUUGUUACGGAAGCAAGUUUUCCGGGGAAAGAAGAAGACGAAGAGAAAAACUUAUAUAUACACGGCCUGACUCUAUUGCUUAUCUACAGUAGCUCUUCCUGAACUCGAAGAGGGAAGAAAGAUAGUGGAUGCUUUUUUGAGCAAAUCUGUGUUUGAGGUUGCAUAACCACAUCACCAGUUAUACUUUAUCCACAUCAAUGUCAUAUGUUGGGUUCUCUUUUUUUGGAAACAUUCAAUUCAAAAAUUUAAAUCAUUUAGUGCCUGAACCUUUUGCUAGACUUUGUAAUUCAAACAUUAAACCUAAAGUUCAAAGGUCUCGGCAUAAUGUGGUGGUGAUUAAAAGCCAUCUGGUUCCUAGGCCCUUGGAAGGAUUGCCGACGUUUCAGAAAGAGUUGAAGGCGCCAGUUCAGAAAUUAGAACAUAUACGGACGCUGCUAAUUGACAACUAUGACAGUUACACCUACAAUAUAUUUCAAGAACUGACUGUUGUGAAUGGGUUUCCUCCGCUGGUGGUUAGAAAUGAUGAGUGGACAUGGAGAGAUUUUUAUCACUACAUCUAUGAAGAAAAUGCCUUUGACAACAUUGUUAUAUCACCUGGUCCUGGCUCUCCAACAUCACCCUCAGAUAUAGGACUUUGCCUGAGGGUGUUGCAUGAGUGCAGUGAUAUUCCUAUUUUAGGUAUCUGCCUUGGCCACCAGGCUCUAGGUUAUGUCCAUGGUGCUCGGGUUGUCCAUGCAUCUGAACCUGUCCAUGGACGCUUGAGUGAUGUUGCACACAAUGGUUCUCAGCUAUUCCACGAGAUCCCCUCUGGGAGAAAUUCUGGAUUUAAGGUGGUUCGGUACCAUUCCCUAAUUAUAGAUCGUGGAUCACUCCCAAAGGAACUCAUUCCUAUAGCUUGGACUCCGACCUUUGAGACCACUUCUUUCCUAGUGAGCUCUCAAUCUUAUCCAUUUCCUAAUGCAUGUGAGGAGGUGAAUGGGAAGAAAGUUUAUAUUGGACCUUUGUCCAAGGAUUUAAGAGAUGGAAAUUCAUAUUUUUUGUGCGGUGUUGGGGAGAUUCAAGGUAGUCAGAUCCUUAUGGGCAUCAAGCAUGCCAGCAGGCCUCAUUAUGGAGUGCAGUUUCAUCCAGAGAGCAUUGGAACCUGCUUUGGGAGGCAACUUUUCAAGAAUUUCGCUGAGAUAACUAAGGAAUUUUGGUUGAGAAGAACAACACCUAUAUCGGUGCCUAAUGCAGACCAAUUACUCGAAGAUGUUUCGAGAAGAGACUAUAUGGCGAAUAAAUUGGGCGAGAAGAAAUACAUAUGCACACACAACAUAAUAAGUUCUUCAAAUCCUGGCUACAAUGUAAAAUAUUUGAAGAUGAAAUGGAAAAAACUUGAUCAUUUGGCUAGCCAAAUUGGAGGAUCUAAGAAUAUAUUUUGCCAGCUAUUUGGAGCUCAGAAUACUGGGAACACCUUUUGGCUGGACAGUUCCGCAACAGAGAAGGGAAGAGCAAGGUUUUCAUUCAUGGGCCAAAACGGUGGCUCUCUGUGGAAGCAUGUUUCAUUUAGGUUGUCAAAUGAACGAGAUGAGGCAUACAAAAGAGGCGGCUACUUAACAGUUCAGGAUGCCAGUGGUAAUGUUCAAACUUCAUAUCUGGAGGAUGGAUUUAUGGAUUAUUUGAAUAAGGAGCUUGGGUCAUUUUGCUAUGAUGAAAAGGAUUAUGAAGGAUUGCCGUUUGACUUCUAUGGCGGCUAUGUUGGUUAUAUUGGGUAUGAUCUUAAAGCUGAAUGUGGCAGGACAAUUAAUCGUCAUAAAUCAAGGACCCCAGAUGCUUGUUUUUUCUUCUCAGAUAAUCUUGUUGUUAUUGAUCACCUUCAUGAUAAUGUCUACAUUGUGUCGCUGCGUGAUAGAUACACAAAAGCGUCAUCUUGGUUGGAUGACAUCGAGCAAAGACUUCUCCAGUUGAAACCUUCUGACUCUAAGCCAUCUACACCAAACGCAUCUCGAACUACUGAAAUAUAUCCGGUAAAUACUCUUUUUCGUGCCGAUAAGUCUAGAGAGCAGUACAUCAAAGAUAUUGAGAAGUGUCAAGGCUUUAUCAGGGAUGGAGAGAGUUACGAGCUAUGUCUCACAACUCAGAUGAGAAUGAGAAUAGGGAAAAUGGAUCCCCUAGGACUCUAUGUUAGUCUAAGAGAAAAAAAUCCAGCACCAUAUGGUGCAUGGCUUAAUUUUUCAAGUGACAAUUUAAUAAUAUGUUCUGCUUCCCCUGAGAGGUUCAUGCGGUUGGAUAGAAAUGCGGUUUUGGAAGCAAAGCCCAUCAAAGGGACCAUAGCUCGUGGUUCCACCCCAGAGGAAGAUGAAUUGCUCAAGCUACGGUUAAAAUACAGCGAAAAGGAUCAGGCCGAAAACUUGAUGAUUGUGGAUCUCUUGAGGAACGACCUUGGGCGUGUAUGCGAGGCUGGCACUGUACACGUCCCUCACCUUAUGGAGAUCGAAUCGUACGCGACUGUCCACACAAUGGUGAGCACAAUAAGGGGGAAGAAGCAUUCGGAUGUCACCCCAAUUGAUUGUGUCAAAGCUGCAUUCCCUGGAGGGUCUAUGACUGGGGCACCAAAGCUGAGAUCAAUGGAGAUUCUGGACUCCCUUGAGAGUUGUUCGAGGGGCAUUUACUCCGGUUGUAUUGGCUUCUUCUCAUACAACCAAACGUUUGAUCUCAACAUCGUUAUCAGAACAGUUGUGUUGCAUGACGGUGAAGCCUCAAUAGGAGCGGGUGGGGCCAUAACCGCCCUCUCGGAUCCCGAAGCUGAGUAUGAAGAGAUGGUUUUGAAAACUAGAGCACCCAGAGAAGCUGUUGUUGGGAGUGGGUGCAUAAAGGAUGCAUGGCAACAGGGGGGUUAGUUCAAAGAGAGUUUACUAUGAUUAUAAAUUUAUAAUACAUCACCAUCAAAAGAUUGUCUCAAAAUAAAAUAAGCUUGUUUGGAAACAUCAUUAGUAGUUUCUAUUUGAAAUAUCAGUUUUUUUUUAUUUUGAAAAUUUAAUAAAAUAAUGUCAAGGAAUAUCU